AUGGGUGAAGUGCAAAAGGUGAGUGAAUUUUGAUCCUCUAACAAAUACUGGGGGGGGGGGGUGUAGUAUUCACAGAAUGACUCUUUCGGCAUCUACUCUCUGGCAGGACUUGCUAUCAAUCUGCUCCCCAGAACUGGUUCUACAUACCCACCAUGAUUACUAUCUACACUUAAUAUCUGCAACAUGGGGGCUGCAACAAUGUGUUGUGGGUGUUCACUGUUUCAGUCAGCCAUGCCUUCCACGGCAAUACUCCCUUCUGUUCCUCCGUUGCCUGUUUUUUUCCUCCCCGCCCCCCAACCGCUACUGAAAGUCAGCCAGAAUUCUGUGCCUGCUGCACCAUCUGUCCUCACUGGGCUGUUUUGGGGAUCUCCAUCACCACCACCGAAAUAUUUCUGGUACUUCUGUAAACCUUGAGGUUCCUGCCGAUAAUCUCCCUCUUGUUCAUGGAUGGCACCAUUUUGGCUACAUGAGCAACAGCACUCAACCUCUCAACACAACACAAAUGGAAUGGUAACCUGAAGCUGCGGAAUGCCACCCUGGUGCCCAUGGUGGAGGCUGGUGGGACCGUUCAUGUGUGAGAGGAGCAGGGGGAAUGAGGGUGGUCAAAACAAGACUAUUAAAUAAUCUAAGGCCUGUGAAAGUGUGGGGGAGUGGACUGUUAUUAUGAUGACUAUUUUAUUACUGGGCUGUCUGUUAGUAUGCUUAUUAUUAUGUUUUUAUCACUGAUGUUCUAUAAAGUAUUUUUCAUGUUCUACAUAGCCUUGAUAAAGGAUGGUAUAUAAAUUGUUGUUGUUGUGAAUGGUAUAUAAAUUGUUUUUGUUUUUGUUGUUAUUUUAUUUGUUCCCCAUCCAUCUGACUGGGUUGCCCACACAUUCUCGAGCAACUUACAUUAAAACAUAAUAAAACAUUACAUAAUAAUAAUCAUCACAAAUUGAGAAAGCUGAACUUUGAGAUGUUUCUCUGAAGCUGGUAAAAGCUGGUAAAAUGGCCCCAUUGUCAGCUGAAGACUGGUGGGUAAAAUCAAGUGACUGUGUAAGGAUGAAGACUCUAAAAACAUGGUGGGCCUUCUCUAGGAGUCGGUAGCUAGAAUAAAGAUCCCAGCCAGUAAAUGCUGCUUUUGCGCCUAGGGCCUUCUCUCCGUCAUCCAGAAGCUUAAAGGCUCUGAAGAGCAGGAGUUGCGAAUUGUCCUCCUCGGGCUGGACAAUGCCGGAAAGACUACUUUGCUCAAGAGCCUGGCAUCGGAAGAAGUCAGCACCAUUACCCCCACACAGGUAAGCACAGCAGCAAAGGAGAUCAGCACUGAGGGAUUGGGAUGGGGUGUGCGGCAAGGAGGAAUUGGAUAACCAGUUACAUAAAGUCAAUGGAGCAGAUUGGCAGUCAGGAUCCUAACCAACCCCCUGCUGUUACGCUCCUCUCAUCCCCACAGUGUGGAGCUCAGACACACCAGCAAUAGCACCUUGGCUCUCUCAGAGCAACCCAUCCCCUGUGCUGUUCAGGCAAGCCUUGUAGCUAAGACAUUGCAUUGGGACGAGGGAGGAGGAGUUGCUUUUAAGUUUCUAAUAUAUGGGCAUAUUUGAUGAAAAGGUUGCCCAUCUUCUGAGUUCUCAUCACCAACUGGGCCACAUACAAAUUCUGUGUAGCUUGCAGCAGCGCAACGGGGUGGGGAUUCUUCAGCAUAGGAAGCAUGCGGUCCCUGCUAUGCCUCUCCCCUAUCCAACCUCUUCUGAUUCCUUUUGUGAAGGGAUUCAACAUCAAGAGUGUCCACUCUCAUGGCUUCAAGCUCAAUGUCUGGGACAUAGGAGGGCAGCGGGCGAUCCGGGCCUAUUGGAAGAAGUACCUGGGCAGCACAGACCUUCUGGUGAGUGUGGGGCUCAGCCCCUAAAACUGCCUUUGUAGAAAUUUGACUGCUGGAACCACACAAGUUACCAAAUUAAGGCAAGGCUAGCCCUAAUAUCCAGUGCCCUCCAGACAGCCUUUUCGCUGUACAUUCAUAACUGCUUAUGUUCAUCAUGGUAUUGGGGACAGGGGACGGCUGCACACGAUCCCAUGUUCAAUACUGUUACACCUGCAAAAGUUUUGGGGUGGAUAUACUGCUUUGUUUCCAAUCGAUACAUGUCCCAUUGCUGAAAGCAUUUAACUUUUCAUGCUACAAAUGUUCCAGAUUUGGUGUGGUUUUUUGGUCCUACUUUUGUUCCGUUGUAAUGCAAACAUUCGCCUCCAGGUGGCAAUAGUGUGGUAGCACUGAGCAAGCAUCACACAACAACUAACAAAGUGGAAUGAUGUGUGGAUGCUCAAGUAUAAAUCCACCUCUCAUGUGCUAUUAUUGUAUCAAUGACAUGUUGCACAUGCAAUGGAACCACCAAUCUGGAAGGCUUUAGGCAGUGCCAGCUGAUCGGCCUCAGAUUGCAGAAUUUAGAAGGUAUUAUCAAAGGACAACUAACUGUUAUUUUAUUUACUUUAUUAUUAUACUUCUACAGCCGCAAUGUGUGGAGGGGGUGAGUAGGGCACCAUUUGGAUUUCAUACCUUAGAAAGCAAGAUGUCUUGGGGCUGCCUUAAAAGAACCAAAAAGCUUUAGGAGUUGGUAAGAGGAGCUAGGACCAAAGGAAUAGUGCUGGGCUGUAGAUGAUUCCCUUCUUUUCCUCAUUUCAGAUCUAUGUUAUUGACAGUGCUGACCAGAAACGCUUUGAGGAGACUGGGCAGGUAGGAUAGACAGUUUACCUCCUCCAAUCCCAUAAUUCUACCUAUGGCAGGAAUUUGGUAAUCUGGACUGUGGAGAACUGCACACCUGGGAAUGAGUGUUGUGAGGGGUGAAAAUAUUGUCAAAUAAUAGCAGAGUCUAGAAGUAGAACCCAGUGUUCAGAAUGCUUGCUUGGUGUCUUAACCUCAAAUCUCCUUCUCCUUACCCCCUUUAGCUUAGCGGGUUCAGAAGGUAUGGAUCAUGGGAGAAUCAACUGUACAGUGGUACCUCGGGUUAAGUACUUAAUUCGUUCCGGAGGUCCGUACUUAACCUGAACCUGUUCUUAACCUGAAGCACCACUUUAGCUAAUGGGGCCUCCUGCUGCCGCCGCGCCGCCGGAGCACGAUUUCUGUUCUCAUCCUGAAGCAAAGUUCUUAACCUGAAGCACUAUUUCUGGGUUAGCGGAGUCUGUAACCUGAAGCGUAUGUAACCUGAAGCGUAUGUAACCCGAGGUACCACUGUAUUAUGACCACCACCCGCCCUGUGCUCAUAGCAGUUAACAAGGAACAGCUAUGACACAUCCCUUGAAGGACAAGACCCUACCCCUCUGGGUUUACCAUUCAAAAAAGGAGUUUGUGAAAAAGAGUACAUUACAAGUACUAGUUCUAGGUAGAGGUGAUGACAAUUUGUGCCUGAAUGCCACAGCUAGCAAUAUAACCUCCUCUGGGUGGGUCUUGAUGUAACUUUGAUUCUGAUGAGCCUGUUCAGAAUCCACUGCGUUCUCUUUAUCUUUGGCAGGAGUUGUCCGAACUAGUGGAAGAUGAGAAUCUCACGGGUGUCCCAUUGUUGGUGUUUGCUAACAAGCAGGAUCUAGCAACAGCAUCCCCCGCAGCAGAGAUUGCUGAAGGGCUCAACCUGCACACGUACCGAGACCGGCCAUGGCAAAUCCAAGCUUGCUCAGCCUUAUCUGGUGAAGGCAUUCAGGUAUGAAGGGGUGUGUUGUGUCUGUGAGAUAACGUCGCACAUCGUGAAGUUCUGUAGGGAGUGGGAAAGGGAGGUGCUCAUGGCUGGAAUCAGAGCCCAGAAAGUGCUGCCAAUCACUGUCUCUCUUUUAUCUAUCUAGGAUGGGAUGAACUGGAUUUGCAGCGAGAUCACAAGUCGGAAAAAAUGA